UUGAUAUUUGUUUAUGAUUCCCAUUCCCAAUGUCAAUGCACAACCAGUUCUCUUCUAGCAUAUUUUGCCACCUUCUCCAUUGACAUCCCUCCUCUCUCUUCUCUCGGUGUCUCUGCUAAGCUUCUCACCAAUCCACAAUGAACCAGAAAGCAAAAUCCAAGAAUCCAUUUUAGCCAUUAAAGCACCAAACACUCACAAUAUGUAUUUAAUCAUCAAAGUUUCUCAGACUUUCCUUCUCUUUAUUCAACAUGCACACAACUUCAAAAAAUCCAUCUUUGCCUUGCUCUCUUGCUUGCCUACUUCUCUUCUUGCUCUUAUUUUGUUUCUUCUUUUGAUCUACAAUGGCUCCUCUGUGUUCUACGUUCGUUUUCCCAUUCCACCCAAAUCCCAUCAGGAGCAUGCUAAUUUUUCCCAGGAAAAUCCAGCAGGAAAAUCAUUGAAAAAGCUUUCUUCUUCACUGAUAUAUGCAGUAAAAGAAGAAAAUCCACCACUCAUUUUGAAGACCCACUUUCCCAUUUUGCCAAAACCAACGAUACCCAUUAACAAUUCUUCAGUUUCAAGGCCAAAGAAAAUGCACAAACACAGAGCUGUGAUCAAAAUUCUCAGACAUGGAUCCAAAUCAAAGCAGUUUUCGUCAAGAAUAAGGACAUUCUUUGGGAGUUCUACAUGUAAGAUUCGAUUCUUCAUGACUUGGAUUUCUUCUUUGGAUUCAUUUGGUGAUAGAGAGAUGUUUGCUAUAGAGAGUUUAUUCAAGUCUCACCCAAAUGCUUGUUUGGCUAUUGUUUCCAAUUCCAUGGAUUCUAAAAAGGGAAGCAUUUCCUUAAGGCCAUGUUUGGAUAAAGGGUUCAAAGUUCUUGCAGUUAAGCCUGAUUUUGAUUACAUAUUCAAGAACACUCCAGCAGAAUCAUGGUUUCAUGAAUUAAACAAAGGAAAUGUUGAUCCUGGAGAGAUUUCUUUAGGUCAAAAUCUCUCAAAUUUGCUUAGGCUUGCAUUGUUAUACAAAUUUGGUGGUGUUUACAUAGACACAGAUGUUAUAGUUUUGAAAAGUUUUGAGAAAUUGAGGAAUGUCAUUGGAGCACAAACCAUUGAUCUUGAAACUGGGAAUUGGAGCAGAUUGAACAAUGCUGUGUUGAUUUUUGAUAAGAAUCAUCCUUUGCUCUUCAAAUUCAUUGAAGAAUUUUCACUCACAUUCAAUGGAAACAAGUGGGGGUAUAAUGGUCCUUAUCUAGUUUCUAGAGUUGUUUCAAGAGUCAAUGGUAGGGCUGGAAUUGAUUUUACUAUUUUGCCCCCAUAUGCUUUCUAUCCAGUCAAUUGGAGUAGAAUUACAAGUCUGUUCAAGAAGCCUGGAGAUAAGCUGCAUUCCAAAUGGUUGCAUAGAAAGCUUGAGCAGAUAAGAAGAGAAAGCUUAGCAGUUCAUCUCUGGAACAAGCAGAGUAGAAAUCUUAAAGUUGAAAAUGGAAGCAUCAUCAAUCAUCUAAUGAUGGAUUCUUGUAUCUUCUGCAAUUCUUCAAGUUUGAUUUCAUUACAAUACAAUAGAAAAUGAAAGAAAAAUUGCCUCUUUUUAUGUUUCUAUGUUCUAUUUAUAUAUAUAAAAUAAUAAAAAAAAUUAU